AUGACAUCUACAGUCAACGAAGAUAAGUGGAAGCAUCUCCAAGAGGCUGUGACUAAACAAUUGAGUCUGCAAGAGGUACAACUCAAGCUUCAAGAGGAACAACUCAAGCUUCAACAUAUUGAGUUUUGUAGACAGGAUACUAGUGGCAUGUCGGAGGAUGAACUCUACAACCAUUUCAAGAUUAUUGUUGAUGCGAUGAGCAAUUACUCACCCUAUUUCACAUUGAGGCAAGAUGCAACUGGAAGGAAUGGCUUAUCACCACUCCAAAAGUGCACCGCAUCUAUUCGACAGUUGACAUAUGCGGCUCCCGGUGAUUCACUUGAUGAGUACAUGCGGAUGGGUGAAAGUACUGCAUUGGAAUGUCUACAUGAAUUUUGUAGGAGUAUGAUUGCCAUUUAUGGUGAUCGAUAUUUGAGGAGUCCAAAUGCAGCAGAUACUCAACGCUUGCUACAAAUGCAUGAAGAAAGACAUGGCUUCCCGGGCAUGUUGGGAAGCCUUGAUUGCAUGCAUUGGGACUUGGGAGUGGAGGAAUUGCCAUGUCGCUUACAAAGGGGAAAUGCCCCACCAGUUCAGUUCAUGGUGAAUGGUCGGAUGUAUAACAGAUGGAAUUUAUCCAACUUGGGCUUCAUUCGUCAAGAGUUACCCAGCACUAGGAGAUCCGGUCAGGCGAAAAUUUCCCAAAGACAAGAGGCUGCAAGAAAAGACAUCGAACGAGCGUUUGGAGUGCUACAAGCUCGUUGGGCAGUAGUUCGAAAUCCAGCGCGGUCUUAUUUUAAGGAAGACCUUCGCAAUAUAAUGCUCACAUGUAUUAUUUUGCACAACAUGAUCAUUGAGGAUGAGGGUGAAGAAGCGGUCAACUGGUCUGACGAAGAUGCAACUCCUCAGCAACCAAUACCAAUGAGUACUAAUAAUUGGGAAGCAUUUGAAAUUAUCUCCAAAAUCACAACGAUUUAA